AUGGGGAAAGAAGAUAUCAGUGAAGAGGUUUGUUCUUCGGGGGAAAUGGUGACAAAUCUGAAGGCGUCCAUAAGAGAAUUGAGUGCGAGAGUGAAGGAACAGAAUCAGAGGAAAUGUGAUGUUGAGGAUAAGCUGAAGCAGUUGCGAGAAAGAAUAAGCGCUCAAGGUGUUGACGUUUCAGUACAGGAGUUGAUACCGCUUUUGAGAUCACUCAAGGGAUUAGAGAAACAGGAAUCUGAAAUCCGGUCUAGUUCCAAUGCUAAGCGUGCUGCUUUAGAAGAUGAAGUUAAUGAUUUGGAGGAAAGAGUCGCAAAGGGGUCUGAUGGUGAGAUUUCAGAGGAAGGUUUAGAUGUUUUGUUGGUUGAAUCUUUGGAUCAUUUGACUUCAGCAAAGAAGGAGCUUGCGGCAACGCUAAGAGAAAUAGUGUCUCUGAAGCGGCAGAUUGAUGAUGUGCCAUGCCAAUCUGAACUUCUCCAAUAUGAAAGAAGAUUCUCAGAGCUGAAUGUCUGUAUUCAGGAGAAACUUCAACAAACUAGGAAGCUCUAUGCAACAUACAAUGCUCUUUUAGAAAUAAAAGACUUGAUGCUAAAGGAAACAUCAUUACUGAACUCAAUAGGUUCACAGUUUCAAGACGUGAUUGGUACUCCUGCUGGCCGUGUGAAGCUAAUUGAUUCAAUGGAAGGGGUCAUGAAAGGAAUCCAACAGAAGCUAGGAAAGGUACAACUUGGGCUUCAAGAAGAGCAGAGGCACUGUGAUAGUUCAAAGGAAAAGUAUACUGCUGCAGCUGCGGAGCAGAGAAAAUGCUAUACUGUACUAAGAGCCUUCCAGGAGGAAUGUACUAAGAAUGACAGACUGAGGAGUCAAAUAUCUGCUGUAAACACCUCGGACUCGAAAGAAGGGACUGAAUAA